UCUCGGCGACAACGUAAACAAAUAUGUCUAGUAAAGAAGUGAAAGCCGGACUGAAAAGUGCCAGGGAGGCCAUAAAAAACAAAGAAUUCAAAGAGGCACUAAAACACUGCAAGGCUGUAUUGAAACUCGAAAAGAGUAAUUACAAUGCCUGGGUAUUCAUUGGUUUGGCGGCCAGUGAACUGGAGCAGCCAGAUCAGUCGCAGGCUGCUUAUAAAAAAGCAGUGGAGCAGGAGCCGGAGCAGCUGCUGGCCUGGCAGGGCCUAGCAAAUCUUUAUGAAAAGACUGAUCAGUGGGAUUUCAAAACCGAGCUGCCCAAUGUCUACCAGAAGCUUGUUGAGCUGUAUGCAAGUUCAGAUAAAACCAAAUGUUAUGAAGUGAUCAAAAAGUUGUCAGAGAUUUAUCAGUCGGACAGGGAAUAUUUAAAGCUGGCAAAGGUUUGGCUUCAGCUCGUGCAGCUGAAAGAGGAAGAGGGUGUGGAUAAGAGGGAGUUGGUAAAGCUGUUGCAAGAAAUGACCCAGCUCCUUUCAGACUGUCUUAAUGAGGAGGAACAGAACAAUGAAACCCAACAUCAUGUAAUUACAGCGUUUGAGAAGGCCAUGGUUCUCAUUGAACCUAUACCAGGAGAAGAACACAGGAAGCUCUCAGCUGAAUAUGUAAAAUGUCUGUCCAAACUGCCACACGAAGAAGCAAAAAUGAAAGUGGCAUGCCAGUCAAUGCUUGGACUAUACCCCAGUCAAAGUUAUCCUCUUGAGGUCCUCUGUUGCCACUACCUGAAAACAGGUAGUGUGGAUGAGGAUGCAGUAACCUGUUUCUCCCGGCUCCUGGAUCUGGCUCCCAACUGUGGAUUAGGCCACUUGGGUUUGGGUACCAAAGCGCUGCAGGAGGGGAAGUAUAAAGAUGCUGUUAACAACCUAGAACAAGGACUAAAGAAAAUGACUUCAACAACAGGAUGGUAUAGUUUGGCUGAGGCUCAGUUUAAAUUGCACAGAUACACAGAUAGUGCUACAUCAUGCUCCCAAGGUUUGAAUUCCUGUGGUCGUGAAGACAAGAAGCUGAGCGACAAACUGCUGAGACUUAAACUAGAAGCUCUAGUGAGAAGUGGAGGAGAGAAGGCUGCAGAUGAGGCCUUUGAGUCUUUUUCACAGAUUCCAGAAAGUGAAAAAGAUCCAGCUCUAUUAGCCCUGAAAGGACGUGCACACCUUAACAAAGGGCAGAUUGAUCAAGCUUUCCAGGUCUCAUCAGAUUUGAUAGCCUCUGACCCAAAUCUGGCCCAGGGGUUGGCACUGAGAGGACUGGUGUAUUUGGCUAAAGGCCAGCAGCAGCUGGCAGAGGAGAGUUUCAUAAAUGCUGUAAAGCAGAGCCCAAACUGUGGAGAGUAUUAUUUCUUGCUUGGAAAACUCUACUGGGAAAUGGGAGCAGAGACCCGUAAUGACCGGAGCAAAGCCCAUACAAACUUCUUAAAGGCUGCAAAGUUCGAUCCUCAACUUGGUUCUGCAUUUUGCUACCUUGGACAUUAUUAUCGGGAGGUGGCAAAUGAUAAUAGUCGUGCACAAGGCUGCUAUAAAAAGGCCUUUCAGCUGAACAGUGAUGAUGCUGAGUCUGGAGCCGCUUCAGUUGAUCUCAGUAUGGGGCAAGGAGACAUGGACACUGCCUUGUCACUUCUUCAGUCAGUGAUAGAAAAAGCCACCCCAGGCUCAGCGAAAUGGGCCUGGAUGAGACGAGGCCUGUACUACCUGAAAGUUGGAGAACAUCAAAAGGCCAUAGCUGAUUUGCAGGCUGCUUUGAGAGCAGACCCUGAAGACUGGGUGUGUUGGGAGUGUUUAGGGGAGGCCUACCUAAACAGGCGGAGUUUUACAGCUGCUCUGAAGGCCUUUGGUAAGGCCCAUCAGCUUCAGCCGUCUUCCAUCUACAGUGUCUACCAAGCAGCUGCUAUUAAGCAGACUCUGGGCAAGUUCAAAGAGGCAGUUGCAGAGUACCUGCAAAUCACAGCACAGCGGGACUAUGUUCCUGCUCUUAAAGGCUUAGGGGAGUGCCAGCUUUCUCUGGCAAAGUGUUUGCAGGAGGACUGCAGAGAUGGAGGAGCCAUUGACCUCAUCCAGCAAGCAAUCCAAAAUCUCUUCAGAGCCGUGCAACUGCGACCAGACCUGUCUUGUUUAUGGAAGCUGCUGGGAGACGCCUGUACUGCAGUGAGCAAAGUUUCACCAAAAAGAGCCCAGGUUCUGGUCCCAGCCUUCCUGGUUGGAUCUGACUCCAACACUCAGGGUCAUUUACUGAACAAGGCUGAGACGCUCAAAGUUGGUGAGAGGUGCUAUGUUCGUGCUUUGAAGCUGAUGCCUGAGGUCCCAAGCCUUUGGUAUGACCUGGGACUCAACUACUACCACCAGGCAACCAGCCUAUCUUGCCCCACAGAAGGAGACCAGAAAUCCCCAUCUCUGGACCUAGAAAAGGCCCAGGAGUGUUUGAAAAAGGCCAUCAUGAUGGAGAGUGGGAAUCAUAGCUACUGGAAUGCCCUGGGUGUGAUUUCAAUGAACAAAGGUCUGGAGAACUAUACUCUGGCUCAACAUUGCUUCAUCAAGUCCAUACAAGUUGAGCCAAAUAAUGUUGUUGCAUGGACAAACCUAGGUGCCCUGUAUUUGAAGAAGGACAAUAUUGAGCUUGCGCAUGAGGCCUUUAAGAUAGCUCAGUCUUUGGAGCCGCUAUAUGUCAGCUGCUGGAUUGGACAGGCGCUGAUAGCAGAACGCGUAGGAAGCUAUGACACCAUGGACCUUUUCAGGCACACCACUGAGCUCAGUACACAUAUGGAGGGAGUGAAAGGGUACGCCUACUGGGUUUGUUCAACCCUUCUGGAUAAGAGCAACAGAAACACAGAACUGUACCGCUACAACAUUGUACAGAUGAACGCCAUCUCUUCUGCUCAUGUGGCACUUAGCAAAUACACAGAGAGAAUCCAGAAUGACCCUGAUGCCUUCAUUAUGCUGGGCUAUCUUAAUGAGCAUCUGCAGCUGAAUCGGCAGGCCUUACAAGCAUACCAAAGAGCGGUUGAACUGCUUCAGUCCAUGUCCUCUCCAGAAAAGCUGGCCUUUUCUCUUGGGAGCUAUGGCCGUGCUUUAUGCAAGGUAGACCAAUGGGAGGAGGCGGUGCAUAUUUAUAAGUCUACUCCACUGCAGGAGCUCAGUGACCUUGUUGGGCUCGCUCUGGCUUACUGCAGGGCAGGGCUCUUCCCUGAAAGUAUCAGUGCCUAUGAGCGUGCCUUAGCUGUGGCUUCCAGUGAGAAGGAGAAGGCUUAUAUAUUGACUGCUCUGGCUCUGCUGCAGCACAGGCAGGGCAACCUAGAUGCAGCUAAGACUCUGCUUUUUAAAUGCUCGAUGUUGAAGGAGCCAAUCCCAGAGUCAAUUCUGUGUUUAUGUGCUCUGGGUUUGGUCCAUGGCGAAGCUACUCUAGCAGCUGCCGCCCUUACUGAGCUCAUAAAGCAAGGUUCAGGGUCCGGGAGCGUCGUGGAACAGCAGUGUCUACUCACCUGCACAGUGCUGGCCCUGCAGGGAAAUUACAGUGCAGUACAACGAGAAGCCUCCAGAGCUGUACACAGACAUCCUGGAAACCCAUCCCUUUGGGUCCUUCUGUCCAGAGUGAUACCCCAGUACUACCCAAGAAAAUCAAAUGGUGGUGCAGUAGCUGGUCACGUCGCUUGUCUUUCUAGUAUGACCCAAGGAAAGAGGGCAUUGUUGUACAGUGGAGUAAACCAACUGGCUGUCGGGAGACACUCUGGAGAGGACAAGCACAGGAAUGCACUGAAGACCAUGCAAAGAGCUGUGCUGCUCUGUCCUGAUGAUCCGGCUACAUGGGCGGGCUUAAUGGCUGCCUGUCACACUGAGAAAACGUCCUGCUAUCUCUCUGGUUCUGCUCCUCGCCGACAGUCACUGGAGCACACCCUGAUGUCAGUGGUUUCCGAGAAAGUGCGCAAUGUAGAGGAGAUAAAGCGACCUCUGGCUCAGUCUCUGGAAGGAUGGGUACUGCAACAAGCUGUGUCUGGUCUCAUGCUCGAUGGACAGCUGGAGCAGGCGGAGGCCCUCUGCACACAGGUUCUGAAUGUGUCUCCUGAGCACCCGGCAGUGAUGCUUUCUCUGAGACAAGUGCAGUGUCAGCGACUCCUCAUGGCUAACGGUGGUGCCAUCCUCCCCGACCAAAUACUGGAGCAGCUCAACAAAGCCGUGAUGUUGAACCCCACCAACAUUGGGGCAUGGCACUGGCUGGCUGAGGUGCAUCGCAGCCAAGGCCUGCUGGUCCAGGCAGUUCUGGCGUACAGACAGAGUCUGCAGCUCGCCUCACAGCUGGGUGUGCACAGCUGCCAGGUAGCCAGCCUGCUCCGGCUUGCACUGCUCGCUCUAGGACCUUGUAUGGCAGGUGUCCCAGGAAACGACUGGAAAGACCUGGUGGUGGAAGCCACUACUGAGGUUUUGAAGCUGGGUUCAUCUCCCAUGGCCCUACUUUUCCAGGCCCUGCUCCAGUGUGUGACCAAGAUGGCUGCCAGGGAAACAAGGCGUUUGCUGGAGAGGCUGGUUUACGUUUCAUCUCCAGACUUCCCCGUGACUGUGGUGCAGGUGGCCAGUUGGUACCUCCUCAGACAUCUGCAUGCCAAAAAUGACGAGGAGCUCAUCAAAGUCCUUUUGCAUCAUGCCAAAAUGAAUGGAGAUGACAGACUGGUGGAGUUUCAUUCACUGCUUACUUCAUCUUCAGCCUGAAUGUUGCAACCACAUCACUGUCCAGUUAUUCAGUGUCUGCAUUAUGAAUUGAAUAUGAUACAGCUAAGCAGCUUCGGCCCCAGGCCAAGAAAUACUAUCAGUUUAGUGUUUCUGCAUAUUGCAGCCAGAUAUGAAAUAUUAAUAGUCAAGGCAUUCUAGAUCUGAUCAUCAAAAUAUGUUGUUUUUUUUUGGCUUUUCAUGAUUGAUUCAGUAAGAUUAAAUAUCUUUUAGUUAAAUUAAAUCGUGUUUGCUAAUGUAAUCAUGACCAAAUUCAAGCUGAAAUAAAGAUGUAUUGCCGUGUACAUAAA